AUGCAGAAGCUGUUCGUUCAAGAGACACGAAACUCACCCAGAAGGUUCAGCAUAUGUUGUCAGCAAGGGCGUGUAAAGCUACCACCUAGACGACAACCACCUUCACCUCUGAAAGAACUUCUCCAAAAAUCAAGCUUCAAAAUUAUGAUCCGAGUUGCUAAUGGAAUGUUAGCCUUCACAUCCAUGGGUGGCCAAAUUGACAACUCUGUUACUAACACUCCUGGACCCUUUUCAUUUAGACUUCAUGGGCAAACUCACCACAGAAUAUGUUCUCUAUUCCCACCAGAGGGAAAACCUCCGCAGUUCUCACAGCUUUACAUAGUCGACACAGACAAUGAACUGGCAAACAGAAAGAAGGCAUUCAGCAAGGGUACAUCCGCUCUAACAGUAGAUGAUAAUGUGAUGGCUGGUUUGAUCAAAAUGUUGGAUGAACAUAAUCCACUCGCCAAGACUUUCAGACAUGCACGAGACCGUAUCUUAUCUGGUGACACGGUUGAAUUCAGUGUAACUUUAGUGAAUCAGAAACAUCGAGGACGCCAAUAUGACUUGCCAACUGCAGGUGAGAUAGGUGGUUUGUACGUUGGCGACUUCACGGCUGACUCUGCAGGUAAAGAUUUAGUGCUCGAGUACAAGUCAUCUAAGCUGCAACGGAUCAGUGAUUUACACCCUCUGUACAUGAGUUUUCAGUACCCGCUGCUGUUCCCAUACGGAUACGAUGAGCGCAUACCUUAUCAAACCUCUGAAAACUCGAAAAUAAAACGAGAAUAUAUGACCAUGAGAGAGUACUACGCUCAUCAGAUCCAGACAAGACCAUCCGAGGGUAUGACAAUCAUUUUCUCUGGAAAAUUGCUUCAUCAGUAUAUUGUGGAUGCUUUCACUGCGACCGAGCAGGAAAGAUUGCGCUUCAUUAGACUUAAUCAAAAACAACUGAGAGCUGAUUUAUAUCAAAACGUCUGCAAUGCUAUGGAAAGUGGAGAUACAGAUGCUAGAAAAACUGGAAAAAAAGUCAUUCUACCUUCUUCUUUCACAUCAAGCCCUCGAUAUAUGUCUGAGAAAUAUCAAGAUGCCAUGGCUAUUUGUCGUUGGUAUGGUAAUCCCAAUUUGUUCAUCACAUUCACAGCAAACCCAAAUUGGGUUGAAGUGAAGGAACACCUAGAAGUUUACGGAGGUGACUCACCGAACAAUAGGCCAGACCUUGAAUGCAAGGUUUUUAAACUCAAGUUGGAAGAGCUCAUGUCAGACUUCAAGAAAGGCGUCUUUUUCCCCAAACCAGCUGCAGUGGUCUACACAAUUGAGUUCCAGAAGCGCGGCCUCCCACACGCGCAUAUCCUUCUUUGGUUCGAGGGGUUUAAAGGAGAAGACACAGCUGAAGUCAUUGAUAAAUAUAUAUCAGCCGAACUACCUGACAAGGAAACAGACAAAGAGGGUUUCGAGUUAGUUUAG